AUGCAGAACGGGGAGACUAUGAGCCCGCAGGACUCUAAGGCAGCAGGGUCCGAAGCCAUGGAGGACCAGAAGGCCCCGAACCAGAGCCGGAACGAGGGGUGCAUGGAACCCACAGCGCCCCCACUUCCUCCACCUUCACCACCACCACCCGGGCCACCAGAAUACCUGAGACCGAGGCUCAUCUUCCACACUCAGCUGGCUCACGGAAGUCCCACAGGCCGCAUCCAUGGAUUCACUAAUGUCAAGGAGCUGUAUGCCAAGAUUGCAGACGUGUUCAACAUCUCACCUUCAGAGAUCCUGUUCUGCACCCUCAACUCUCAUAAAGUGGACAUGCAGAAACUACUGGGGGGACAGAUCGGACUGGAGGACUUCAUCUUUGCUCACGUACGAGGAGAAACCAAGGAGGUGGAGGUGACAAAGACAGAAGACGCACUUGGCCUCACCAUUACAGACAACGGAGCCGGAUACGCUUUCAUUAAGAGGAUAAAAGAGGGCAGCACUAUAGACCAGCUGAAGAGUGUGUGCGUCGGCGACCACAUCGAGGCCAUUAAUGACCAGAGCAUUGUGGGCUGUCGACACUACGAGGUGGCCAAGAUGUUGAAAGAGCAGCCAAGGGGUAUCCCCUUCACUCUGCGCCUGGUCGGGCCCAAGAAGGCAUUUGACAUGAUUGGAAUGAGGACCAGGGCGCCAAAGUCAAACGAGGGCAAGAUGGGGAAUGGAAGGGAGACACUGCGUCUGCGCUCUAAAGGCGCUGCUACGGUCCAGGAAGUCCAAAAUGAGUUUGAGGAACAGGCCACCAAGAAAGUGGACGACCUGCUGGAGAGCUACAUGGGCAUCAGAGACCUGGAGCUGGCAACCACCAUCGUGGAAGCAGGAAGAGACAAGAAGAACCCUGAUGACUUUGCAGAGGCCUUGGACUCAGUUCUUGGGGAUUUUGCUUUCCCCGAUGUUUUCCUGUUUGACGUGUGGGGGGCUAUCGGAGACGUGAAGAACGGAAAAAUUUAGAAAUUUUACGGUUUAGACGUUUUGGAUCUUUUUAAAGUCAGAAUAUGUUAUUCUUCUUCUACAUAAAAAGCAGCGUAUACAAUACAGAGAUACACAUGAAAAAAACAAAGUCUUCCCAGUGAAAUGAGAACUUGAAAAACACUUUGUCUAAGUGAAUUACUGAUUUUAGCUGAAAGGUGCAGACGUGCAUGACGUAAUUCAUUUAACCAAACCUGUCAUCUCACAAUGCAUCAUCAUCUGAGAGUGAACGUCAAGUGAGAGAGUGCAUGCUCUGCAAUUUAGUUUUCCACAAGAUCAUGUCAAACAGGAACUGAGUAUGUUAUUUCCCAUGAUAAAAAUAAAACAAAAACAAAUUAUAAAAUUAAGCUGAUGUGCGUGUAAAGCAUUUCCCUGGAUCUCCAUGUGUUUCUUAUUGGCUGAAGAAAUGACGGUCUUCUUGGUCAUUUCCCUUCUUCCCCCAUUUGCCAUGAUUUCUGAGGAAGGAUUUCUGAUUUGUUUUCAAAGACAAGAUGUAAAUAUACUAGAGCAGGUUGUUGCAGUCUUUAUAUUUCAGUAUCUCUACCUGUCUCUUCACUGGUCAACAAAGGGAAUCAAACUGUCUAUUGGAGUUUGAGAGUUUUGUCUUCUGGUGCAUCAAACAAUGGGAAUAAAGUAUGUUGUCCUAUUCUUUGCUGCACAUACGGUUUAAGCAGGUUAAAUGACGAAUUGCUGAUUGAAAUUCGACUCAUCUUGUUCUACAUCAGUAUUUGUCUGAGGAUGAUGUUUUGUUUUCACACUUUGAAAAA